UGCCAUAACAGGUUCUCGAACUUCGCGUGGCACGCAUGCAGCGAGUUUCAGCAGCCACUGAAUGAUUUGAGCUGAGUGACGUUGCUGCGCUGACACCAUAGAAUCCUUGGUCGCACACAUAUGCUGUCCUCUCCAUUGCUUGUCGCGUAGCUUGUACCGUCCUUAGAACAGCGUCGCACCAGGGCUCAGCUGGGUCACUAAUAUCCGCGACUCGGUUUUGCUCUGAUAGCUCUCCAAAGCCCCUUUUCACGUAGGUAUCUCGCGACGCGACGCUCCACUCCGUGCAGGAUACUUUAGCCAGCCAAUCGACGCGCCAUACCUACCUCUCGCUGUAAGACGUCUGUUUAGGUCCCACCGGAGCCAGGUCUGACCGACCAUAAACGUGGUCCUACUGGCUGGAGGCCUCUAGCUCUUCGGAAUAGCCGAAGAUUGGACCAGGCCACACUCACUCUGAUUAUAUCCAGUUGGGUCUGACUAGGUCUGAUUUGAACGGGUGGUUGCGAAGAUGAGGCGCCUAAGGCGGCAAUGGCGGACAGACCUAACACCUGUGGUAGCUCUGCUGCUGGUGGCGCUGCUUCUCGGGGAGAGCGCCUCGCAUUUGGCACAAGCGAGCAGCAGUAGUGACAGCGACAGCAAGAGCGAUAGCAGCAGUAAGAGCAGCAGUAGUAGCGACGACAGUAAGAGUAGUAGCAGCAGUGGUAGCGACGACAGUAAGAGUAGUAGCAGCAAGAGCAGCAGUAGUAGCGAGGACAAGGGCGGUAGCAGCAGUGACAAGGAGGAGAAAUCACUCUCGGAGUUGGUCGAAGAAUCCAAGAACAGCAGCAGCAGUAGCAGCAGCAGCAGCAGCAGCAACAGCGGCGGCAGCAGCAGCUCCAAGAACAAGACUUCCAGUUCCUCGUCGAAAGACUCGUCGAAAGACUCGUCAAAAGAAUCGUCAAAAGAAUCGUCGUCUAAGGACUCGGAAGGCGACUCAUCCAGUGAAUCUUCCUCGUCGUCCGACCGUAAAUCCUCGUCGUCCGAUGAUAAAUCCUCAUCGACAGACGAAUCCGGUAAAUCCUCCUCGAAUUCAAGCUCUUCCUCCUCCUCCUCCUCCUCCUCCUCCUCCUCCUCCUCCUCCUCCUCCUCCUCGUCUUCUUCUAAGGAGAAGCCUGAGUCGUCGUCCAAGUCUAGCUCCAAUUCCUCCUCCUCAUCUUCGUCCUCCUCGUCCUCUUCGUCAAAAGACAAGCCUAAAUCAUCUUCAUCCUCCUCUUCCAACACCGCCAGUUCAGGUGCAACAGACACGUCAGACGAUACGGCGUCCACGUCAGAUGACACGACGUCCACGUCAGACGACUCUAGUAAAUCGGAUAGCGAGGAGGGCGAGGAUGCGUCAGAAGCAGAUGAUGAGUCUGGUGAGACCGACGAAUCUGUUAAGUCGGACGAAUCGGAUAAGUCUGAGAAAUCGGAGAAGUCGGAGGGAUCGGGUAAAUCCAAGGACUCAGAAGAAUCGGACGAACCGGAUCCAGAGGAGGCAGAUGAUAAGGAUGAUAAGGAUGGUAAGGAGGAGGAAGACGCUGCUCCGCCCUCUCUCGCUCCCCCAUCCGCCGCGCCCGCUUCCUCCCCCGAUUCCGCCCCCGAAUCCGCUCCCGCCUCUGCACCAGCCUCUGCCCCUGGUUCUGCGCCCCAAUUGGCGCCUUCUUCCGCUUCCGCCUCCUCCCCUUCCCCCGACUCCGACCUUCCCCAAGAGGAGGAAGAGGCGCAGCUCGCGCCAUCCUCCACUUCGGCCCCCCCCUCCGCACCCGCCCCCAGCGCCCAACCUGCGCCCUUCUCUCCGCGCUCCAAGGGUCUCCUGCUGCACGCUGCGCCCGGCGCAGACUUGGGGCGGCCCUCGGGCAUUCACCCGCUGCGCGGACAGCCCGCGUGGGACGACGAGGGGGACAUGGGCGCGGGGGCGGCGGAAGGCGGCGCCGGCGGAAGCGGUGGCACUGUCGCGUCGAGCGCAAUGGGGGAAACCAGCGCGGGCCUGAGCGGCGGAACCGGCGGGAUUGGCGCGCUUGCGCCGCACGGGGAGCUGACGAUCUCGUCCGCCGCGGAGGCGUCUUCUUCCCGCGCGUUCCAGCGCGCGUGCCAGACGCCCACGCCCGACGCGGCGUGGAUCUGCUACAAGGGCGGGGAGGUCCUGGCGCAACCGAACCUGGCGCUGUACCUGGUGUGGUACGGCGACUGGGAUAACGACCGCAAUGGCGGGGACAGUGGGCAGAAGUACAUCCGCCACUUCAUCAACAACCUCGGCAUGCCCGGACUGGAGGGCAUCCCGUCCCCCAACAGCUGGUGGCAGAUCGUGCGCCAGUACGCGGGGCGCGCGGGCGCGAAGCCCGGCGCGCAGGUGACGAUCAAGGGCGAGCACCGCAACGCGCAGUACUCGCAGGGGCGGCACCUGGGCGCCGACACGUCGAGCGUCUUCAACAUCAUCAUAGAUGCGAUUAACGCCGGCGCGCUGCCGUUCGAUCCCGCGGGCGCGUACGUCGUGCUGACGUCGGAUGACGUCACGCUGAUGAGCGCGGACCAAUCGCAGUCAUUCUGCGGCGUAAAGGGCAAGGGGUACUGCGGGUGGCACCACCAGUCAGGGGUCAUGCUGGGCCCGCAGGAGAGCUACCCGCUCACAUUCACACACGUCGGCAACGCGGCGACGCAGUGCGCGGCGGGGUGCAUAGGCGGGUACGGCACGUACAAGCUGCCCAACAGCGGGUACUGGGGCGUGGAUGGCAUAGUCUCCAUCCUCGCUCACGAGCUCGCCGAGCUGGUUACCAACCCAGACGGGAGGUCGGGGUGGACGGGCAACAACGGCGAGAUCGGCGACAUGUGCUCGUUUGACUUUGGCGCUGUGACCGUGGGCGUGGACGCGGGGGGGCAGUCAUUCGGCUACAACAUGGCGGCGGCCGAUGGCUCUGUCUUCCUCAUCCAACGCCUCUGGAACGCCUUUGCUCCCAUUGGCCACGGGAGCUGUGCCGUGGAGACGCCCAAGGCGCUCAACAACCCACCACCCUCCAACUCCUCCCCCUCCACUUCCCACGGCGUUCAAUCCUCCUCCGUCUCAUCCCCCUCCACCACUACCACCACUCCUGCCACAUCCUCCUCCCCCGCACGCCCUCUUUCCACCCUGGAAGCUCCCAGGCAGUGCAAAGCCGUGCAGGCGCAGACCGCCGCCUUUACAGGCAGCAUCGGCGGCGGAAACUGCUGUAACGGUUACACGGACGCGUUUGUGCGUGUACCGUGGGACCUGAGCUGUAGCAGCUUCUGUGUGUGCGUGGGCGGGGUGGCGUCCUUUCAGGUUACCUGCCCGUCCGGGACCAUCUUUGACUCGGCCCGAUCCGCCUGCGCCGCUCCCUCCCCUUCCAACACGUGCUCGUGAUUGCCCACCGCGACGCGCACGCACGCACACCCACAUCCCGUGAUUAGCACGUGUCGUCGUGCCCUCAUGCUCCGUCUUUCCUCUACUCUCGCUCUCUAACACUACAGCGGCACAUGGUAUUCCCGCCCCGCUCCAUAUGCGUGCCGCCGUUCCUCCCGCUAGCACAUGGCCUCCAUCCUUUCUCUCCUCUCCACUGCUGCCGGUCUUGCAAGUUUGGGCCUAGGCUGGAGGUAAAUCAAUCUGCGGUGGCUAUAUAGGUUGCAAUCACAUGCGGUGGCACACUGGCUGGCACCACCAGCUAAGGCACCUUCAGGAGCCCCAGGAAGGCUUGUGACUAGAUGCAGCUGUGCCGCUGCUACACUUGUUUGUACCUGCCUAUGAUUUGUUGUACUAUGCACUGUAUGCAUACUGUAGCGUCAAACUACC